AUGGCAUCAGAAGACAAUGUUAAUGACAUACAUCCCUGUUAUGAAAUAGAUAAUGGCUCUUACAUCCUGAAAGGCACCCCUUCUACAAUAUGUGUUUUAUUAUUUAUUUUCCUUGGCUCAUUAUCUGUUGUCACAAUAUGUGGAAACCUUCUUGUAAUAAUCUCCAUUAUUUACUUCAAACAGCUCCACACUGCUACAAACUUUCUCAUUCUCUCUCUGGCUGUGGCGGACCUGCUUGUUGGUCUUGUAGUUUUUCCUCUCAGCAUGGUAUUCUCUCUUAGCUCAUGUUUGUAUUAUGAAGAUUUAUUUUGCAAAGUACGAGACAGUUUGGAUGCAACACUGAGCGUAUCUUCCAUUUUGAAUACAUGUUGUAUUUCCAUUGACAGAUAUUAUGCAGUGUGUCAGCCUCUGAACUAUAGAACUAAGAUAAAUGUUAAUGUUGUUGCAGUCAUGAUUGUAGUAAGCUGGAGUGUUUCUGUUUUAGUUGCCAUUGGCCGUGCAAUUCCAGGAUUAAUCAAUGAAAAAUGUAAAGAAAACUGUGUUAUUGAUUUUCGACGUGCAAGAAUUUUGGCACAGUUUUUCUCAUUUUAUCUCCCAGUGAUCAUAAUGCUCUGUAUCUACCUAAAGAUUUUCCUUGUUGCCCAGAGACAGGCACGCAACAUCCAGAACACAACCUGUCAGAACACAAAGUCUGGAGCAACUGCCAGUAAGAUGGAGAGAAAGUCCACCAAAACCCUGGCUAUUGUUAUGGGAGUUUUUCUGAUGUGCUGGACUCCUUUCUUUCUCUAUGUUAGCUGUCAGGUUUUGAAUCACGUGCCCAUGUGGGUGCCACUGUUUGAAACUCUUAACUGGCUCACACUGUCAAAUUCAAUGUUCAAUCCAUUCAUUUAUGCUUUCUUUUACAGCUGGUUCAGAUCAGCUUUAAGAAUGAUCAUUUCGGGAAAAAUAUUUCAAGUGCUCAAUCCAUUUAUUUAUGCUUUCUUUUACAGCUGGUUCAGAUCAGCUUUCAGAAUGAUCAUUUCGAGCAUAGAGUCGACUCCUGAUCCACAUGUCCUGUCGGUGGUCCAGCCGGCUCCUGCUUUACAUGUCCUGUCAGUGGUCCGGCCAACUCCUGAUCCACGUGUCCUGUUGGCGGUCAGGCCGACGCCUGCUCCACAUGUCCUCUCGGCUGUCCGGCCGACUCCUGCUUCACGUCUCCUGUCGGGGGUCCGGCCGACCCCUUAUCCAAGCAUCCUGUCGGAGAUCCGGCCGACCCCUGAUCCAAGCAUCCUGUCGGGGUCCGGCCGACCCCUUCUGCUCCGGUUGGGCUGCAACCACCUGCUGCUCCUGUUUGGCCGCAACCACCUGCUGUCCCGGUUGGGUCACUACCAGCUGCUGUUCCCAUUGGGCCUCAACCACCUGCUGUUCCGGUUGGGCCGCAGACAUCACCUGCUGUUCCGGUUGGACCGUAGCCGUCACCUGCCGUUCCGGUAG